GCCCAUAGUAAAUUCCAGUUUGGGUGUCACAACACGACGUAUUUAAAUGUUUUCCACCCUCUGCGUUGCUUAGUGUUCGUUUAUUUGCUUCGUCCAAGGGCAGAACGGAGAGAAGCUUGUCGUCUUUCAAGUACUGAAGUUGAUAAUAACGCGUUUCCUCACCGAAGACAUUGUUACAAGCAAUAAUGGCACGCUCAAGUCAAGAUGGUGAAAUUGAAGCUGAUGAUGCAUGGUCAUCCAUGCCUAAUCGUGUGAGUUCCUUCCAGCACUUCCCCCGUACUGAAGAAUUUUCAGCCGAGCGCCUGGCCCGGGCAGGCUUUUAUUUUACAGGUCAGGCAGACCAGGUGCGCUGUUUUAGCUGCCAUGCGACAGUGGAGGACUGGAACAGAGGGGAUACCCCACUGAUGAGACAUCAGCAAGCAUCUCCCAGCUGCAAGUUCCUCAGCUGUGCUCAUGGUUUGAGAGCCUCCGACCUCAUUCGAAGCCCUGCUUACAACGAAGAGGCCGAAGCCAUGGAGUUCCAGCUCCGCACGGGAGAGGUGGUGGAUCAGACCAUUUAUCCCAAUGUGCCACACAUGAAGAGCGAGGAAGCUCGGCUGAAUACUUUCAGUGAGUGGCCUGCAGACGCUCCAGUUCAACCCGAAGACCUGGCGGCAGCAGGGAUGUAUUUCUUAGGACCAUAUGACACCGUGAGGUGCUUCUGUUGUGGGCAGCAGCUGGCAGGAUGGGAGCCAGGCGAUGAAGCCUGGGGUGAACAUGCAAAGCACUACCCAAACUGCUUCUUCAUCUUGGGCCACGAUGUGGGCAAUGUGCCUCUGACAACACCUAGUCCCAGGGUGAAUGGUCAGAGAGCCUCUUUGGAGACUUUUGAGGAGCGUCUUGAAAGCUUCAGAGGCAGACAGCAUCCCAUAGACCCUGAGAGACUGGCCAGAGCUGGUUUCUACAGCAGUGGAGAACAGGACCGUGUGCUCUGCUUCAGAUGUGGAGGAGGACUGAAGGGGUGGAGGCCUGAUGAAGACCCUUGGGAGCAGCAUGCCAGGCACUAUCCAGGCUGCAGUUUCCUUCUGGCAGAAAAAGGAGGAGAAUAUGUCAACAGCGUGCAGCUGAGAAAUCCAAAAGGAGACCAUUCAAGAUCAAGUCAGAAUGGCUUUUCAAGUCACGAGGAAGCAGCACAGAAAGUCCUCCAGUCAAAGAUUGCACAAAAGGCUGUAGAUAUGGGUUUUGACCCCAUCAAAGUGGAGCGCAGCAUUCUGCAGAAACUACGUCAGAACACUGAGGGUUAUGCUUCGGUAGAGGCCCUUAUUCAAGACCUCAGUGCCAGUAUCAUACCCGAGAAAGCUGAGGACCCCAUGACGAAACUUGAGAACCUCCAGAGGGAGAAACUGUGUAAAGUCUGCAUGGACAGUGACAUUAACAUUGUCUUCAUUCCAUGUGGACACCUGGUCACCUGUCAGAAAUGCUCAGAACCCCUGAACAAGUGUCCCAUCUGCUGUGCCGCCAUCACGCAGAAGAUCAAGACCUACAAUGCCUAGAAAAAAAAAAAGCUGAUGCUUAUUGAAAGUGGCAGAAUGUAAUCAUUCCUAAUAUUGCACAUAGAUGUGUAAAAUUUAAGCUGUGUAUAUAUAUGUAGAUGUACUAAACUAUGAUAAAAUUAUAUUUUUAUUUUUUCAUUAAGAUUUCAAAAUAACAAGCUGUACAUAGAUGUGUUUGGUUUUGAUGAAGGCAGAGGGACACACUACGUAAUUUAGAAUACUACGUAUUGCAGAAUACGACAUCUUGAAUCCUUUUAGCUGCUUCCCCCAAAUACAGUCUCGGAUUCAUGUUAAUCACCAUAGUGCCUUUAUGUGGACUACUUUUUAUGAACAUUUUCAUUGUUUAAUAUUUUGACAAUCAUGUUUUACACCUUAUAUUUGAUCUUUAAUUUAUUUCGUAUAAACUAAUUGCUUGAGACUUUUAAUCAAGGUUAAUUUAAACUUCACCAGUCCAAAUUAGUUUUUCUUCCGAUACUUUUCUGUUGUUGUAAUUCCUUUUUAAUAA